GUUUGCAAUGGAGUUUGGCCCAAUCCAGAGCCACCACCCCUCUGCACUUUUGGCUGCGCCUAAGGUGUUUGAUUAUUAUCCAAAAGUGCAGCACCCGUCCCGUCCCCUUGGGAAGGUGGUGGUCCUCUUGGAUUGAGGAAUAGGCCGAUAAUUUUAGGAUCAGGGAAUAGGAAAAGGAACAAAUUAUAAUGUCAGGAGGAGGAGGAGCUUCUGAAAGGUCGCUAGACCAGACACCCACAUGGGCAGUCGCAUUGGUCUGUGUAGUCAUCAUUAUUAUUUCUAUACUCUUGGAGAAAUUUCUUCAUUCAGUUGGAUCGACUUUCGAGAGAAAACGAAAGAGAGCACUGUAUGAAGCUUUGCAGAAGAUUAAGGGUGAGCUCAUGGUUCUGGGAUUUAUUUCCCUCCUCUUAACAUUCGGUCAGAAUUACAUUGCUAAGAUUUGCAUUCCUGCAAGUGCUGCCAACACUAUGUUGCCAUGCCCUGCUAAGUAUGCUACACGCGAAGAUGGAGGGGGACACGAAGACGGACACCAUCGAAGGCUUCUGUGGUAUGAGCAUAGACUUUUAUUAGAUGACAGUUCGCCCCAAGGGUGCAAGCCUGGCUAUGAACCAUUAAUAUCUAUCCACGGAUUGCACCAGCUACACAUUUUCAUAUUUUUUCUAGCAGUCUUCCAUGUCAUCUUUAGUGUGACAACCAUGAUGCUUGGAAGGAUGAAGAUCCGAGGAUGGAAGGAAUGGGAAGAAGAAAUUACUUCUGGAAAAACUUCAUAUGAUCCUUCAAAAAUCAGGUUUACAAAGGAAAUUUCUUUUAUUAGGGAAAACACCAGAUUUAUGCCACACACACCGGUUCUUUUCUACAUGGCUUGUUUUUUCCGGCAAUUUUAUAGGUCUGUUUGUAAAACUGACUACUUAGCCAUGCGCCAUGGAUUUGUUACAGUCCAUUUAGCACCUGGAAGCAAUUUCAAUUUUCAAAAGUACAUAAAAAGAUCUAUGGAAGACGACUUCAAGGUUGUCGUCGGAAUCAAUUUUUUGUUAUGGUUGUCUGCAGUGCUGUAUUUGCUGAUGAAUGUGAAUGGAUGGCAAUUAAUGUUAUGGCUAUCUAUACUACCUUUCAUUACACUGUUAGUAGUUGGUACAAAGCUUCAAGCAAUUAUAACACAAAUGGCGCUUGAGAUUGAAGAAAGGCAUGCUGUAGUUCAGGGCAUACCACUGGUGCAAGUCUCAGACAGAUAUUUUUGGUUUAGCAAACCAAAGUUAGUCCUUCAUCUUAUCCAUCUCACCCUUUUUCAGAAUGCGUUUGACAUAACAUAUUUCCUCUGGAAUUCGUAUGAGUUUGGAUCAGAUUCUUGCUUUCACGAAAGCUUCCAUCUCGCCAUGGCCAGAGUGGCAUUCGGGAUUGGGGUACAGUUCAUGUGCAGCUACAUUACGCUUCCACUAUAUGCGCUCGUCACCCAGAUGGGUUCUAGUAUGAAGCAGUCCAUUUUUGAUGAACAAACUUCAAAAGCCCUGAUGAAGUGGCGCAAUAAGGCGAAGCACAAGAACCACCACCACCACCACCAUGUGACGAGGGAGCAUGGAUCCAUCAAAGUAAGGAAGUUGGGAGGCAGCAAAAGCUCAGGUCAUUUACCAGACGCCGCGGCAGCUGGGAAAUCGUCGUCCAUAGAUGAUGCCUCUUCUGCUUCUGGACACACCAUAGAAAUUCACGAGGAUCAUCAGGAGGGAAAUAAUGAUGAUCAUUCUAAUGUCGUUGUCGAUGACGACGAUAAUGGAAACUCCAUGCCCACCAACAAUAAUACCUCCUUAAUUGAUUCAUAAUGUUCCUUCUCAAUGAUCUGUUCAAAUGGUCAUACAUACAAGCAUUAAUUGUAUUGCAUGACUGCAAAUUUUCAAUAUACAUUAUUCCUUUUUCCUCUCCUA